AUGGAAUACGUCCCUAUUCAAGACUUCAUCAACCCUGACUCGGUGUCCUAUGCCAGCAUACAUACAGAUGAUAUCUCUGAUCAGCUGUGUCCUUCCGGGCUGAGCGUAUGUCCAUUCGUGAACCAGGCGGAAUCACAACCGCAGGGUUUGGCGUGGAGCGAGACGUGGACUCUGGACAACCUCGUCAAUCAUGGCUUCAACUGCCCGAACUUCGACCGUGAUCUCGAGAAUUGUGGUGGAUGUUCGGUGUUAGAUGCUACCUUCAAUUGCUCUGAUAUUUCUAAUGCUGUGAAGACUUCGUGCGUAACCGGUCGGUGUAUAGUUGGGUCCUGCGAUGAAGGGUACGCGAUUUCGUAUAUGCAAGAUCGAUGCGUGAUCAUGAACGAUUGA